AUGCAGUUUCUGCCAAUUAUCAAACUUUUUGUUUCUCCUACUCAACUGGCGGCUCUUGCUAAGGAAAAUCUCGGCUCUAGUUCGAGUUUAUCCAUUUCGAAGGCUCCCAUCCUCGUUCAGCGGAGGCGGAAUCUAGGAAGAAUAGGAGGUCCUCUUUCCCUUGCAUCAAAGACUGCUAGCCUUUCCAGAGCUCGUGAUUCUCGGAAUGCUGCUUUGCACAAGAAGAGAUCGCAACCAGAAGAGGUUGAUCAAGGUAAUGAUGCUCAUUGGCAGUCUGAAGAUGUUCAAAUUAAGCAGGCCAGGGCUUCCACUGUAGAAGAUCCUGAAUUAGUUCUGAUUGCCCCCCAAGCUCCUGUCAUUCCUGGCCUAACCUCUGCUUCGGUACCUAUAGUGGAAGUUAGUUAUGAAGAGGUUGCUGAAGCAAAUGAGGUGGUGCUUCAACCUUGUUCACCUUUGCUUGGUGUUUCGAGGGAGGCAUCUUCCUCUGAGCCGACUAGGGAGGGAGCUCCGGCUGACCCAUUUGCGCAAACGGAAAGUUAA